AUGAUUCUGCAAGCAUCAACGAAACAGUAUCCUGCCAACGGAGUCAUGCCGGUGCUGGAAAACACUUCGAACACUUCAAUGCUUCAAUGCGAUAUCUCUUCGCGUGUCGACUCUUUGCGUUCCAGCAUAAUCGCCACUAACGGUCCGAUCGCGGUGCUGAAUACUAUUGCAACGGCAAGUGACCAGCCAAAAACCCCCAAUGAGCCCAUCUGCAUCUUCUACCAGAACAUCCGUGGAUUGAAGUCCAAGAUCUCCGAAGUGUUUCUGGGUACCUCAGAGUUCGCGUACGACGCGUACGUUUUUACUGAGACGUGGCUUGACGAUCACAUCGCCUCUCGCCAAUUGUUCAGCAAUGAUUACAAUGUCUUCCGGGUUGAUCGUGUUCGCGACAUCUUCGGCGAAGAAAAUCGUCUCAGCCCGCCCUGUCGAGAGAGUUCUGCUUCUCCAUCGUCAUCAUCAUGCAAAAAUCUCGCGGCCACCGCCGCCAAAAUAGCAGCCGCCCACAGCAGCAGCAGCAGCAGUCCAACGCCGACGGCACCAAGCUCACCGCAAUCCGUUCCGCUUUGUCUCCAGCGGACAAUCGCCAAAGAAAACCAACAGCAAAACGAGCGGGAAACUGCUUCCAGUACGACCAGCUGCACCCCAAGCGGGCGUCGAUUUUUCCCUGGACGGGAUUCAGUUCCGUACGGCAAUAGGGGACACGUACUGACACUAGCCGAACGCAAAGAUUACCCCCCGAGCAGACCCGUUACACCACAGCACAAGCCACCUCUGCUGGAGAAAAAAGCACCCCCACACAGCGGCAAUGGGCCACCCAUUCGGAACGAUCGAAAUGUACUCACCGAAGAGAGACCACUGCUGUCGAUCAAACCACGAUCUCCCCCUCCAAAGGAUCGCGUUCCAUCUCCUCCACCGGCACCGGGUGCCGCGGUGCGAUGUUCCGUCAUUCAGCGGGCUCCAACAGCGGCUGUCUCGCCCCGACGACCAAGUCCCGAAAGCAGCCCAAGGGCUGUCGAUCUAAAGGUACGCGCGCCCGAGGUAGAACCGAUGCAGGAGCAACCGAUUGACUAUCACAUACCAAAACGAAGCGGUGAUGGAGCUAAGGAAGACGAAGAAAAGGAAAAACGCAUGCAAAGGGCCAAACAGGCGGCCAUUCUUCGAAAGCACUUCUGGAUCCGCGCUCAUCGAUUUGGCAAUCUGAACGGGAUUAUGCAAGCAGCUGCUGGACACGGUCGGUCAUCCAGUGGAGGAGGACAAGCUGGCAGUGGCCAUAGUGGACACAGCGGUGGAGGAAGUAUUAACUUUUCAUCCGGUUCAGGGAAUCUGGGAGGAUCCAGCGGAGGCGGAGGUGGUGCAAUCGGAGGUGGUGGCGGAUCUAGUGGAGGCAUGGGAGGACGCGAUGGACGAUCCAACUACGGUCCAAAUAGCCCUCCAACUGGAUCUCUACCGCCGUUUUAUGAAAGUCUGAAGGGGGGAAAUGGCCUCAACGGAUACAAUGCUAACGGAGGUUUCCUUAAUGGCAACUGGAAUAACAUGGAUUGCGAUACAACCCAGGAUCUCACUAAUAUUGGAGCCUACACGGACGCUAACGGGAACAGUAGUAACCCGUCCAAACAAUACUCUAUGUUGCAGAAUGCAUACGGAAUCGCACUGAAGGAUGAGGCAGACCUGGAUUACGACUCUAAAAUCGACUCACUCUCUAACCUUUACGGAAGCUAUGACGUCAAUGAUUCCAUGAUGGUUGACAUGAACGGAGUGGGGGUCGAUCCGCUUCAGUUUACCGCAACACUAACCUUCUCCUCACCUGGUGAUAACGCUCUGCUGGAUAGUCUCACCGACGCAGUCGAUCUGAGUCACUUCCUCAAUCGAUUACCCUCGGACGAACAUUCCAGCAACUGCAACGAUCUGGAGCUAACCUCAACACCGUCACUCACGCCCGACUCCGUUUCGACCUCCCUCCAACAAGUAGAAGGUCACGAUGGCCUGGAGCAAUACCCCGAGCAUCUACUCCUCUCCCGCAGCUACAACACCAAUUUCAACAACAACAACAACCACAAAUAUAUGCACCAUCAUCCGGAGAACCCGCCCAGCUACCAAUCCGCACAUCAGUUUCAGUCCCUCAGCAGUUUCGACCUCGAUUCUCACAGUAACCUAUCCCUCCCAUCGCCCAACAGUAAUUCCCUCCAAUCACCGUCCUCUUCCUCCUCGCCACCAUCGUCAUCGUCCUCAACGGCAGCAGCUGCUGCCGCCGCCGCUGCAGCCGCGGCAGCUUUAGCCGCGGGUCUUCCGGCGCACGGUCACCAUUCGGUUGGUGCCCUCGGCGGAGCUGCCGCUGUCGUCGCGGCACCACCGCCAGCCGUCGUCGCCUCAACCAUCCAAAACCUCGGUCUCCCGGCGGAAGUUCAGCUGGAGUUCGUCAACGGUGGUCACGGCAUCAAAAACCCGCUGGCCGUCGAGAAUGUGCCCGGACGGUUGCGCGACGAGGACAAACACCACACCAAACUGCUGCAGCAGCAGACCGAAGUCGUCAAGCUGGACGAACCAGGCGAGAGCGGCGGCGGCGGUGGUCAGAAUCAGAAAUUCUGCUGUCGCAUCUGCCAGAAAACGUUCACCUUGCAGCGGUUGCUUAACCGGCACAUGAAGUGUCACUCCGACGUCAAGCGCUACCUGUGUACGUUCUGCGGUAAGGGUUUCAACGACACGUUCGACCUGAAACGGCACACCCGAACGCACACCGGCGUCCGGCCGUACAAGUGCAAUCUCUGCGAGAAGUCCUUUACGCAGCGCUGCUCGCUGGAAUCGCACUGCUUGAAGGUGCACGGAGUGCAGCACCAGUACGCGUACAAGGAGCGACGCACGAAGAUGUAUGUUUGCGAGGAGUGUGGCCACACCACCAACGAACCGGAAGUGCACUACCUACACCUGAAGGAUAAGCAUCCGUAUUCGCCGGCGCUGCUCAAGUUCUACGACAAACGCCACUUCAAGUUUACCAAUUCGCAGUUUGCGAACAAUCUGCUUGGUUCAUUCCCGAUGCCGGUGCAGAAUUAA